UCACGUAAUGAAUAUUCAAUUGCAUUUACGGCUACAUGCUCCAGAUCGGUUAUUCGAUCUGAGAAGAAAACACUGACAAAGAUCGCGGAGCAGCCGGGUUCCAGCAUGCAUUCAUCGUAUAAAGGUGGAUUGUUGAUGCGUUUGAUUCUUCAGAAUACAUCUCUUCUUUAACCAGCUCUCACUCAAGCUUCGAGCCUUCUGCACACUCUUUCACCAAAGUUUCUUAGCCAUCCCACUUCACAAACAAAAUGCUCGCUCGUUUCUUCGCUGUUGCCUCCAUUGUGGCUCUCGCUGUCGCCACGAGUCCCCUCGCUCUCCGCGAUGGCCAGUGCAAUACCGGUGACAUCAAGUGCUGUCAGAGCUCUACCACCACUUCCAACUACAACAAGGCGGCAAGGUCUCUUGGCCUUGUGGAAAUUGCUGCUGGGGUCGUCGGCGAGGUUGGCCUUGACUGCAGCCCUGUUACUGUCAUCGGUACUGGCAGUGGUGCCUCGUGCAACCAGCGACCCAUGUGCUGCAGCGGCAACAAAAUGAACGGCCUUGUCAACAUUGGCUGCACUCCCAUUAACCUCGACCUGUAGGCUU